AUGCUGAAUCUCAUCACUGUAGGCGUGUGGGCCAUUCAGGGCAUCAUGGCCAUCGUUGUCCUUGGGCUAUCUGUCGACCUUGUCAAGGGUCAGAUGAUUGGCGACGCCCCGACAACUACAAAGUAUGGGACAUUUACCGGCGGCUUCGGGCUGGCAGUGGCUAUCAUGGGCUUUGCAUCUGCGUUCAUCGAUGCCAUUCCAGCUCUCGCUAUCAUGGCUGCCGAUGCUCUCAGUGGACUAUUGUUACUCGGCGGUGGCAUUGCUUUUGUCAUCGGGUUGCGAGGAGUGACUUGCGACCUCCCCGAGGACGAUAUUGGAUUGAAAACGCUCUCAGGCAACAGUCUAAUUAACGGGGGAACAGUUAAAAUAGGGAAAGUCAACACACUGCACGAAGACUUGACAUUUUCCCGACUCUUGGACAACUGCAGGAAGGCCACGGCUGAUCAGGCCAUGCAUUUUGUGACGUUCGGUUUUGCGGUAGCCACCAUAUUUCUGGUUUUCCUUGUUUGGAAGAACGGUCGUGGCAGUCGGGGUGGCAGCCAUAUUUAA